AUGUCAGAUAAUCAACAAUAUGAUAUCAAAUGCUUAUAUCAUCCCAAUGAAGAUAUAAUUUCAAUAUGCUCAACUUGUCCAAACAACACCCCUGUCUGUAUUGAUUGUAUUACCAAUAUUCAUAAUGGUCAUGAUAUAAAAAUAUUAAAAGAUAUAAGUUUAGAUGAUUUAAGAGAUCAAAUACAACAAGAAUAUAAUAAUCAAACAACACCAAAACUAAACGACUUUUUAGAAAAUAAUAAAAAAAUAUUGGAUGAAUUAAACAAUUACCUUAAACAAAUUCAAAAUAACCACACAAUGAAUUUAGAUAAAACAACUGAUAUAUUUAAGGGAUUAACAUAUAUUAUCAAAGCAAAAGAAAAUGAUGUCAAAAGAUUAUUAACAACAAAAUUUGACGAAAAUACAGAAGUAAAUGCUUUAAUAACAUCAACAAUUGAAAACAAUAAUAAUAUAGUUAAUAAUGCUAUUAAAUUUAAUAAUAACAAUAAUGAUAAUGUUAAUAAUAAUAAUAAUAAAAAUGGAUUUAUUGAACUUUUAAAACACAAUCAUCAAUGUAAAAAUAUUUUAUCAAAUAUAGAUAAUAAUAACUUACCAGAAUAUAAAUAUACUCAAUUAAUAAUUAAAGAAAAAAAUCUGGACUCAAUCAAAGAUCUAACAAACAGCUAUUUAGAAGUAAUUGAUGAUAAUAAAAAAGAUUUAAAAACAAUUGAAGUGUAUCAAAGAGAAUUUACAAAUUACGAAGAAGGGUGUGAUAUUGGUCAUAUUGAGCUACUUGAAAAAUUGUCCAUAUAA